AAAAAAGAAGAAGAUUUGAAUUCUAAAUGAGAAAAUAAUAGAAAAAAUAUUUGUUAUUGUCAGAUUAAGUAAAUUAUAUAGAAGUUAAGUCAUUAUGGCUACUCAAGAAGAAGGUUUUGAACAGUUUGAAGAAGAUGAUGCAGCUGAAGCAGCUUUAGCUUUGAGUAGUGCAGGAAGGAAAAGACUUUUUAGUAAAGAACUCAGAUGUAUGAUGUACGGCUUCGGAGAUGAUCAAAACCCGUAUACAGAAAGUGUAGAUAUAAUUGAAGAUCUUGUCAUUGAAUUUAUUACAGAAAUGACUCAUAAAGCCAUGGAAAUCGGUAGAACUGGUAGAGUACAGGUGGAAGAUAUUGUAUUUUUAGUUCGGAAGGAUCCUAGGAAAUAUGCAAGAGUAAAAGAUCUGCUUACAAUGAAUGAAGAACUGAAGAGAGCUAGGAAAGCAUUUGAUGAAAUCAAGUUUGCAGGGAAAGACGCCGUUGUGGGUUGAUCUUAAAAAAUGUUCAAAUAUUUAUUACAAAACUUUGAUAAACGAAUUUGCGUAGACUGCAUAAAAUCGUAUGAAUUUGAUAUUAAUUAUAUGAUUUCUUGUAGACAAAUUUUGAAUUCUAGAAUUAAUUUUGUUAAAAAUUUAAAAAAUACAAAACUAGGUUACAAAGAGAAGUUUUAAUAGAUUUUUUAUUAAUCUUUGUGUUGUAGUGUAGCUUAAUGCCUUUUAUACCACAUUAACUCAAAAAAGUGAGGAUAUUUCUUUAAAAAAAUAAUUUUAAUGAAAACAUAUGAAGAAUAUCUUCCAUUUUCAAUGCAAGGCUCUUAGGUAAUUAGUACUAAGUAAACUGACAUAAUUUGCAAUUCUGGAGAUUUUUAUUUAUUUGAAUAUGAAUUUUUUUAUUUGGCAAAUGGUCUCAUACCACAUAUGGCAUGAUCAAAGUCAGACAUCACUGGAUACUAGUGAUAGACAAUCUGUUAAUACUGCUAAGCAAAUCGUUAGCUUAUAGUUACACUGUGGUAUGUGCAGUGAACCAAGUAUUGAGAAAACGCAAAAUAAAAAAAUGGCCUUGUGAUACAGUGUUAUGGACAAGCCUACAUUUAAAACAAUUGCAGCUUAGUUAGUUUAAUUAUAAUUAUUAACGUUUCAAAGAAAUAAACUCCAAAAUACAGUUUUUUUUGUAUAAAUUUUGGAGCACAAAAAAACAUACAACUUGGAAACGUCAUCAAAAACUGAGUAUCCUUAUAAAUAUGAAUAUAUACCAAAGUUACGGAAAUAUACAAAUUCAGUAUUACUAUUUUUGGGAAGUAUAGCCACAUAAUAUGCCCUAUCCACCUCAGGCAUCCACUUGAACAUGCUUUUGAUAGCUUCAACUUUAAUUUGGAAUCGUGAAUUUUUAUUUGUAGGACGAACUGGUUUAUUUAUAUCUUUUUUAGCAGCAUUUUUUCUGGUAGGGCGAUAAUCACGAAUGGAGACUUUUUCCACUCGUUAUUGGCGUGGAUAACUUUAUAUUCUAUUUCAAAUAAUAGAGAUUUUGAAAACUUAAGAGCAACUACUUGACUGAAAGGUACAAUUUUAUAGUUGAAUUGACCAGCAUAGGACUUAUAUUCGAUGAAGUCAACUUCUUUUAAUUGAAAAAUUUUGUAAGGGUUUCUUAAAUAAACCUUCAACCUUGACUUUAUACAUGUAAAUUUGAAUCGUUACAAAUAACACAUUUGGUAAUGUUUUUCAAUCGAGGGAGAAUUCUCUCUCUCUCACUUGUGUAGGCUUCUCAAACUCUCGACUAGUUGUGCCGACCUUUGUAUUCGCUUGACGAGACUCGGUAAAAAAUUGUUAUGUUUUUCGCACAGGGGCGGCGUCAACAUGCCCUCCGCCUUGAAAGGGACUAACGCAUAGGGGGCAAAUUAGAAUCUUUGAUAAGCAGUAGUUGGCCUAUGUUGAGUUUCCAAUUGUUUUCUUCCAUUUUCUUCGCUCCUGUAAUUCACUUAUAAAUUCUCGAUGUCAUCUAUUCCAAAAUUGUUCGUAAACCCUUUGUAUUAACUGAAACUGGGAUAGUCUUGUCUGGUGAGUGGCAGAAUGACGAUUCCGGUGAAAAGGAUCUUCCAAUAAGAAAAUGGGCUGGAGUGAGGGGGGUUAAGUCAUCAGGAUUAGAGCUGAGAGGACUUAUGGGACGGGAGAUUCGAUACGCACAAGUAACGUUUGAAAAUUGAAAAAAAAAUAAA